AUCAUUCGACCGGGCACUCCCGACUCAUAGUUUCGUCAGCCGUGUAGAGUGUACUUUUGCUUCACUUCGCUGUUCAUACGUUUAGUUUACUUUGUGUGUGCGCGCGCGCGCGUUUAGUUAUUUAUAAUCGCGAGCGCAACAUAAACACACAGCGCCGCCAGCUUCUUUGACACGGAUUCCCCGACGAGAGCGGACAACUUGUUCACAGUGCUGAUUGCUGUUUACUUUGGUGUGUACGGUGUCCAGCAAAAGAGUGUUGUCGAGAAGAAUACAGUGGCAGUGGCGUUAAAAUGGCGUGUUUUAGUCGGUUACCAAACUGGUAGCUGUCUAGCGACUGUUGCUGACCGAGAACGACGGCUAGUGUCUAUGUUGGAUAGUUUUCUAGUGCGAAGUGAAUCCAUUCCACACGUGGCACCUGCAUGAGCGGAUUCCCAGCUGGUGUGUGCGGGGACAUUUUCGAUACAGUGACCCGCCAGGUCUCUGGAUACACCACAGACUGACAACACUAACAUUACAAAAUGGAUCUGCAGGGAUGUGAAUCGCAUGCUUCUCGGUCGCUGAAAGAUGACGUUACCGAUAGGCCCGCUGUGCGGGGACAAUAACAACAGCGCGCUACCCCUGCGAGGCGCGCGUCGUAAGCAGCAGUGCCUGAGCGCGGCCUUCGCAGACCAGCCGGCGAAGCGGGAACGCCGGCGCGCCAUAUGCUCCUGGUCGGUGGGCUACGGCACGCUGAGCCACCACCAGCAACAACAGGACGACGGGCUGCCGGCGAUCCAUGCGGCCACCGCCGUGCCCGUCCAUCAACCGCCACCACAGCCACAACAGCGCCGCAAUUUUCUCGCGAUGCCCGGCCUCAAGUCAUUGGUCACCCGCCGUCGGAAUUCCGGCUCGGCGGAACCCUCCUCAGUACCACUGGUACGCCGGAAUGGAAGUAGUAGUAAUCUCGUGCGAUCGGCGGCUAGUCUAGCUAGUCUGCGUAAGUGUGAGACCGUGCUGGCGCUCACCGGGGUCCUGAGGACCUCUUCGUCCAGCAGUGAUCUGGAACCCAUCAGACCUGUUAAUCGGUUGCGGGAGUCGACGCUGGAAGGGUCGCAUUCACGAAUAUGCUCACGCUGCUCCAGUUUGUUGUCUCUGGCGUCGACAUCUCGAUAUUCCUUGGAUGCCGCUGGUGGUGGGUUUGUACAAGUGACCAAGGAGGAUGACGAGACGCGGACGAUAUUGUGUAAGCUGUGCUUAGUUGAGGUGCCUUUCAAACAUGCCAUUCGACUGCAGCAGUGCAAUUGCUCCUUCUGCUCCGAGUGCAUGAAGUCGUAUGUGGAGUUCGAGAUAGCCGAAGGGGCGUACGACAUUUCCUGCCCGGAUGCGCAAUGUCCCGCACAGGGCGUUCUCGUGCAGGACGAAAUCAAAAGACUGGUCGGCGACGAAAUGCUCGAGAAGCAUCUCAAAUAUCGUCUCAAUCGAGAGGUUGAAAUCGACAAGAAUCGCAUGUGGUGUCCACGCGCCGGCUGUGAAACAGUUUGUAGCGUGUGUCCACCUUCGAAGAAGCGCAAACCGCAAUGCGUGCAUUGUCCCCAGUGCGCCGUCGACUUUUGCAGCGCUUGCAAACUGGAAUGGCAUCAGGAUCUCACCUGUGAGGAGUACAACAAACAGCUGGCUAAACAGGGCCGUGCUGAGGAGACGGGCAUUCCUUUCGAUUCAGACCUCAUCAAGUGCUGUCCCAUGUGUAAUGUUCCAAUCGAGAAGGACGAGGGAUGCGCGCAGAUGAUGUGCAAACGUUGCAAGCAUGUGUUUUGCUGGUAUUGCUUGGCCAGUCUAGAUGAUGACUUUCUACUACGACACUAUGACAAAGGGCCUUGUAAGAAUAAACUCGGCCAUUCACGAGCGUCGGUGAUCUGGCAUCGGACGCAGGUGAUUGGUAUCUUUGCUGGUUUUGGCAUUCUCCUGCUGGUGGCGUCGCCGCUGUUGUUGCUGGCGGCGCCGUGCAUCGUCUGCUGCAAGUGCCGUGUGUGCAAUGCUGGCACGACGAAACUCGACAACGAAGAUGAGCUUCCAGGCGAGAGCAAUUAGUUAGGCCCCCCACCCCGUAUCCAUGCAACACUUCAUCAUAUUUUCUAGUCUUUGCAAGCAGACAACAAAAAUUACGAGGAGGACGAGUUGCAUACUGUUUCCAGCAGCCGCCGACAUGACGGUCACUCUUGUACAUUUAACAAUUAGAACGCUUUGCGGGCGUUUCGGACAUGGCAUGGACGGAAUCUGUGAUAGAACGAACUGUGAUGAUUGUCUCUAACCGUCUGUGUCCGAAACUCAAGACGUAAAAGAUUUACAUUGAUUUUGUAAAUUAAUUAUUUUUACUUUGUAAUUACGAAUGGUCCACCCCCCUCAAAUCUCUUUUCUUAGUGUACUUAAUGCGAUAAGUCUGAAGCGGAUGUAAUUAAGCUUCGUUACGUUUUUAUUUUUUGAUUUGUUUUAGAUUUAACAACAACACAACCAGCAUCAACGAAAGUUAUUGUUUUUCCUCAUGCGAAAACGACGACUGAUUAACUUUUUAUUACUAUUAUUUUUUUAAUUUCCUAAUUUUUGAGGUUUAAAUUCGGUUUUGAAUGCGCUUUUUUAAAUAUGCGAUUCCUUCUCGUCUAAAAUGAUUCUUCAAAACAUUCAUAGUCAAUUAGAAGCCAUAAAUAAGUAAAUAACAUCACCACUUUGACGCAGAUACAACUCUUAGCAAAAGAAUUACAUAAAACAACAUAAAAUGAUAUACCUAAUGAAAUAUAUAUUGUUACAUUAUUUAUAUUUGGGUACUGUGUACUUAAUAUAUUAUUAUUACCAGGA